AUGUCGCAUCAUUUCGCCGGCGCCGGAGACGUCGGAGUGCCCCUGAAAUCGACGGGGUCCAUGCGACCGAUUAUCACAGAAUUGGAUAACAACAAAAGAGGAUCAAUACGAACAGAUGUUGCCGAUCUAGUUAUGGUCAAGUACAAAUGUUCAUCGAACGGGGUACCUAUAACACAGACCAAUGGCUCGACACUUCCGCUUGUACCAGGUUCAAGCAAAGAUGCCGAAUUCGGUGGAUACAAUCCAUUCGACCACCGGACGGUCCAAUACCCAACUACGGAUAUGGAAACAUUUAUACAUCUGCUCAAAGGCAGUCUGGGCUCAGGCAUAUUGGCCAUGCCUUUAGCUUUUCUGAACGCUGGACUAAUAUUUGGGCUCAUAGCAACUGCUGUAAUUGGAUUCGUUUGUACAUAUUGUGUCCAUAUACUGGUAAAAUCUUCUCAUAAAUUGUGCCGUAGAAUGCAAGUACCAGCAUUAGGAUUCGCUGAUGUUGCAGAAGUUGCCUUCCUCGCUGGACCACCAGCCUUCCAAAAAUUUUCCGGCCUCUUCAGAGGCCUCGUUAACACGUUCCUAACCAUUGAUUUGCUUGGUUGCUGUUGUGUUUAUAUUGUUUUUGUUGCAAAGAAUAUUAAACAGGUGAUGGAUGAAUAUAUUUUAGAUAUAAAUGUUAGAUGGUACAUGUUGAUGAUGUUGCCAUUGGUAAUCGCUAUGAAUUUAAUACGUAACUUGAAGUAUCUGGCUCCACUUUCAAUGAUAGCAAACAUUUUGGUUGGUACUUGCAUGACCAUUACAUUCUGGUACGUGUUUCAAGACUUGCCACCCAUGAGAUCUGUACCUUACAUUACGGAUUGGCACAAAUGGCCACUCUUCUUUGGCACUGCCAUCUUUGCAUUGGAAGGGAUUGGUGUUGUAAUGCCAUUGGAAAACAACAUGAAAACACCACAACAUUUUAUUGGUUGUCCCAGCGUGCUGAACAUUGGCAUGGCUAUUGUUGUGGUUUUGUACUCUACUGUUGGAAUGUUUGGUUUCCUCAAGUAUGGUGAUGAUACUGAAGGCAGCAUUACUCUGAAUUUACCGAAAGAUGAAUUAUUGGCACAGUCCGUAAAGGUCAUGAUAGCCAUUGCUAUUUUCCUUACAUACAGUCUUCAGUUUUAUGUACCCUUUGAGAUCAUCUGGAAAGGCUCCAAGCACCGGUUUACAUCACACCCCAUGAUUUUUGAAUAUUUGCUCAGAGUGAUCUUGGUCGUGUGCACGGUUUUGAUUGCAAUUGCUUGUCCUAACCUGGGCCCGGUCAUAUCGCUUGUCGGAGCAUUAUGUCUGUCAUUUUUGGGUCUAAUCUUGCCGAGCUGCAUCGAUCUAGUUACCUCCUGGGAAGAACCUGGAUUGGGUAAAUUAUACUGGCGUCUGUGGAAAAACUUGGUCAUCAUAAUGUUUGGCAUUUUGGGAUUGGUUACCGGCGUUUACUGUAGUAUGCUUGACAUCAUCGUACAGUUCAAUCAGUGA